GCAACGUUGUUUGCCACCUCUCAUCUUGAUCCUUUGUCGCUGCAUUCGAUAGAAGAAUAUGUGGUGCCUUUGUUGUGCUGCUUAGACCUAUAGCUCAUUAGCAAGCUCUGCAAAUUUAUGUGCUUGUGCCAUAAAAGUGAUGGUUUCCACCGGCAUCCUCAUUCCAAGCUAUUGCAACUGAUUGGAGGAUAUCAAACCUGUUACCUCAGAUCUGUGUACUUGGGCAUACUAGACGAUGAAGCUUUUGAGUAUGAGCUAGAACGCUAUUGUAAUUUACAGGAGGUUAGGCAACAAAAGCUUGUGGCUGCAGUGAAGCAACAUUCCUAUGAUCUUGCGCUUCAAUAUUCUGCACGAGCGCUUUUAGUUUCUCGGGGCGAACACUAUUGAAAUACCCCUGCUCCUCUGGCUGUUUGAGGCAUGGGACGGUUGGUGGACACGUAGAUUGGUCCUGACUCCUUCCUUGUUUAUGCUUCUAAGUUCUCGUUACUGUUUUCUAUGGAUUGGAAGCAUUGUGGAGGCGAAUGUGGGUGAGGUCAAGAACUCUAACAUUAAUGGCUUUUAUGGGAUGUGCUGUUAUAUUCUUUUCGCUGCUCCUUAGUUACAG